GACUCAUGGAGCUGGGGACUCAACGCCUGCUGUACACCAGGGAGCUUGAUCCUUGCCCCGUUCCAAGAAAACAACCAUAAAGGGUGGGAAUCUCGAUUGCCCUUUGGUUCCUUUUUUCCAUCCCUCCCCCAAAAUUGCCCCCGUGGUGAUAUUACCCUUUCCAGCCUGUGGCCUGCAAAAUGAUUGGCAAGCUGAAACAGAACUUGCUGCUGGCGUGUCUGGUCAUCAGCUCGAUCACGGUCUUCUACCUGGGUCGCCAUGCCAUGGAAUGCCACCAUCGCAUUGAAGAGCACAGCCAGUUGGGCGGGAUCCUGCCUCUGUCAGCCCUGGGAGGAAGCAUGAGGACCACCUUACGGACAGGCCAGAAUCUUAGCACACCUUUUGUUUACAACAAAGACAUGCCACUCAUAUUCAUUGGUGGAGUGCCCCGCAGUGGGACCACGCUAAUGCGAGCAAUGCUGGAUGCUCACCCAGAAGUGCGUUGUGGCGAAGAAACCCGUGUCAUCCCUCGUAUCCUGGCCAUGAAGCAGAUGUGGAGCCGCUCAGGCAGGGAGAAGAUGCGCUUGGACGAGGCUGGUGUGACCGAUGAGGUGCUAGACGCUGCCAUGCAGGCCUUCCUGCUGGAAAUCAUUGUCAAACACGGAGAGCCCGCCAACUUUCUCUGCAACAAGGACCCUUUUGCUUUGAAGUCACUCUCCUACCUGGCCAAGAUCUUUCCCCGUGCCAAGUUUGUACUUAUGAUUCGUGAUGGCCGGGCUUCAGUCCACUCCAUGAUCUCAAGGAAGGUAACAAUCGCUGGCUUUGACCUGGGCAGCUACCGGGACUGCCUGACCAAGUGGAAUCGGGCCAUAGAGACCAUGUACACUCAGUGCCUGGAGGCAGCAGACAAAUGCCUACCUGUGCACUACGAACAGUUGGUCCUUCAUCCUGAGAAAUGGAUGAAGACACUGCUGAAAUUCCUUGACAUUCCCUGGAAUGAUGCCGUCCUCCACCAUGAGGAGCUCAUUGGGAAAGCUGGAGGAGUGUCCCUCUCCAAGGUGGAGAGGUCUACAGACCAGGUCAUCAAGCCCGUCAAUGUGGAGGCAUUGUCCAAGUGGGUGGGAAAGAUCCCAGCUGAUGUUGUGAGGGACAUGGCUGUCAUCGCCCCCAUGCUGUCCAGACUGGGCUACGACCCACAUGCCAACCCUCCCAACUAUGGCCGGCCUGACCCCAAAGUCCUGGACAACACCAGAAGGGUCUUUAAAGGUGAAUUUCAGCUACCAGAUUUCCUAAAAGAACAAUCACAGAUUCAGAAGUCUGCAGAGCGGCCAAACCCCAGUUAGAAGCAGCUGGAAUGUCAUCACCUCAACACACAGGAACCAAGGCGCAGUGGAAUCAUGAACAUCGUCUCGCCCAUCUCACCAUCUGUUAGGCCUCGGCACGUUUCAAAGGUCACAGCAGGACCGUCUCCUUACCAGUGAACUCUUGGCCUUCGAAAAUAAUACCAAUACUUGUCACAACCACAGAAUGUCUGCUAAUUGUUUGUUUUUUUCGUGUCACAUCACACUCAUCAAUUUUUAAAAAUGAUUUCUGUUUCUUUUAGAAAAAAUCUUGUGAUUCUGUUGUAAGAAACUGCGGUGAACUGAUAUCACAAGAAGCAUUUAUAAAUGGAAAAUUAGCUUUUGGAAGAUGCCAUACCUAUUUCAAUGUUACUUUUUUCAUACCCUUGUAUUUUGAAAGUUCAUGGUUUCUGACAUGAUAAACAUUUUUUUUUUAAACCUGUUGUCAGUCUGGUUUUAUUUGCUUAUCUGUAAAAAGAAAAUGAAACAAAGAUGAAGAGGAGAGUGUAAAUAACCUGACAUUGAAAUA